AUGGCGGAUAAUAAUAAUGGAAACAACAACGACGAGAACGCCGAUAACGGCCAGCACACUGGACAUGUGAAUGGUGUUGUCAAUGGCACCACGAAUGGUACUGCGGAUGGUACCGCCAACGGCCAUGGCACCACAAAUGGUGACCACGCCGAGGCCGGACCACCUUCUGUCAAUGGUCAGGGUACCGGGAAUGAGCGGGCUCAUGUCAAUGGUGAUACGCCCAGGAAUGGGCAACCGGAUCAAAAUGGUGACGGAGCUGCGGACCAGCCGCCUGAGGAUGAUGAUCCCGCAGUAAUUGAUAGACUGCGACGAAUGCAAGAGUUUAAUGAUGUAGCCAUGGACCAUACACACUGGGUUAGCUUGGGCUAG